AUGUAUGUGACAAGGCCUCUCUCUCACUACAUAAGCUUUCCAGAAUCUCUUUCAUUACCCCCUGAAGGUCCAAAUUCGGGUUAUUUAGUACUACAAGAUGAAAAGUCGGAGACUUAUACUUUUUUCGGAUUGCGCAAGGACCGUUACCUCGCAGACCUGCCGUUUCCUCAGAACAAGGAUCUGACCCUUCGAUAUUCAAAUGGUGAUGAUGUAUCUCAUGAUGAUGUAUCCUUCAUUCCAGUCCUUAAUCUGCCCUUGUCUUCCAAUCGUUAUUACGCGAUAAAGCCUCAUGGGAAUCAUAAAGGGGAAGCAUACACUUCUUCAAGGGAGGAAGACAUGGCCACUUGCUGUUUUUGCCGUUGCAUCCAAGAUGUAAAAUCAAGACCAUUGGAUCCAGAUGACAUAUAUCAGCAAUUUGAUAUUGCUCUUUAUAAAAAAAGUUACAGUGCCAAGGGUCAUUUUUAUGCCAAGUCGGUAGCACCUGAUGGCUUCCCUCCUCACUUCUUGAGGAGAAAAGGGUGGGAAAUUUAUGGAAAAACUCCCAAAAACUACGAAUUAGGCGAAGCUCCAGGCCUCAAUGCUGCCCUCCGAGCACGCCUGCCAGAAUUCAACUUCCCAAUGUCCUAUAAAAGCUCUGAAAGCGUCGUUGUGGGGAAAUGGUAUUGUCCUUUCAUCUUUAUCAAAGAUGGAAAUUUGAGAUAUCAAAUGAAAAGAUUGAUGUUUUAUGAGAUGACACUCGAGCAAAGAUGGGAGCAGAUUUUCACAUGUGAGAAUAAUUCCAAUGAAGGAAAGAUGGUGUUUGUUGAUGUUGUUGUUCAAACAGAAAUUGCCUCAGUUGCUGGCCAGGAAACCGUAUGGAAUGAGAGAGAGGUGGUCCAUGGGGCGAUAUGGUUUAGGAGUUUUGGCAAUGUGGGAGGAGAAGGAGGAGUCAGUGUGGGAUUGAGGGUAGAAAUUGUUCAAAGAAUGAAGUGGGAGCAAGAAAGAACGGGCUGGCUAGGUGGGGAAGACAGGCAAGCAAGGGUGCAGAGAGUAGAGGAGUUUGGAGGGGUUGGUGAUUGGAGGAAAUUUGGAUGCUAUGUGUUGGUUGAGAGGUUUGUAUUGAAAAGAAUGGAUGGAAGCUUGGUGAUGACUUACGAUUUCAAGCACACUCAUCAGAUCAAAAGCGAAUGGGAAUGAGAUCAUUAUGGGGCUGUUUGGGUUCUCUUGUUUAAUAUAUAUAUCCUCAGGAGUUUUUAUAGUUAGUGACGAGCUUACCCUUUCUUAUUUUUGCAAAAUUUUGAUUUAUUAGAUAAGAUAUUUGCCAUACUGAUACAUUUAAUAAAUUUGUGAGAGUUGUAUGCCAAGGAUUUAUUGGUUUUAUUUCGGUUCUGUUCUUUUAUUAUUUGUUUUGUUA